AUUGCAGACGUUUCGCGUAGAAUUUGUAUGAGAAGAAGAAAUGAGAAUCCUUCGAUCGAAGGAGUAGAAGCUGCGGACCGCUGAUUAAAGAGUGGUCUCUGCCACAAUUACAGGGCAUGGAAUGCUGUGCUGGACUCUGUCUGCAGCAUCCCAUUGUUGUACCUCGUUUCUUUCGAGCACUGCCCCAAAUUACGUCGUGUGCGGAUGACUUUACACGAUGCCACUUCCGAUCGUACUCCUGGCGUUACUCACGCUCGCUACAAGGCAUGCUGCGCAGGGGGAGAGCUUCCAACUGCCUUGCGAGGCGUCGCUAGCCAGCGAGUUCUCGACGCUAGACAGGCUCGAACUAGACAGCCAGACGCAGGUGAAGUGGAAUACGAACAUCAGCAGCUACGAGAUCCGAUUGAUGCAGAUGCUGGUGAAGACAUGGAGCUCAAUGAAGGGGCCACCUAUAUAUGAGAAGAGGGUUGACGAAGAAGAAAUAGGCGAAUUCGAGUGGACGGUGACAACCACGCAUUUUGACCUGAAAGAAUCGCCAGUAUACUUCUUCAAUCUUUACCAGACCACGCACCCAUAUACGAUGUUUGCGAGUUGCUACUUCAACAUCACCCUAGCGGCGAGAACACCUCCGCCUGGAAAAAUACUCCCAACUACGACGGCCGGUCCUAUGCCUACGGGCUCAGGCAGCCUUCCAUCACUAUCAUCGUCAUCAUUAUCAUCAUCAUCAUCGUCGUCGUCGUCGUCGUCUUCAGCAUCAACGGUACCCAGGAAUGAGGAUCCCGAGGAGCGAAUCAUGCAUUCAGCACGUUGCAUGGGACUCGUACUGGGCGUCAGCUUGGGUAUAGGUAUCCCACUCGUCCUUGGAAUCGCGGCAAGCGUCAUCUUCUACAAACGGCGCCGUGAAUGGAUAGCGAGCAAGGACAGCACCGUAGCAAGCGGCUUUCACCCACAUUCUCCACAGCUAUAUCCUCAGGAUCCUGUGAAAUAUGUGUCGAAUGGCCCUCCCAGAGAUUAUGGACAGCUACAGAGCGGCUAUGGACAGACGCCUUGUCAUCAUCGUUGUCAGCAACAGUUUCAAUUCGUACAGUUGAGCGAGUUGCCGAGCGAUAGACAGCCUGCGGAGUUGGCUGGGAGGUAAUCGUCAGAUCGGUGCACAAUCUUGAAUGUCGAGGAAGAACAGCGCCAGAUGAACGUAUUUGAGGGACUUCGUGGAUGUUUAUAUUAGCGAUGGCGUGUGUAUUGUACCCUUCAUUCCUGUACUAUUAGAAAGUAGGAUUCCGCUAGGAACUACUCUCAAGUGAUGCUAUCCAUUAGAUGUAUUAUAGGACACAAUGUACUUCAACUGAUACCUUCUCAGUGUAACAAAAUCGUCGACCUCUUACUAAUGUAGUCAAUGUGUCGUCAUUGGAUCUUCUUGACUGCUAUUAGAAAGUGACUGGAUACUU